AUGAAGGACAGACUGGAUGAACUCAAGGGUUUCAAAGAGGACCGAGAUGACGCCUUCCUGGACCUGGAGAGCCAAAUUCCUGGCUAUAUCAACGCAGCCUAUCUGGAAGAGCUGCCUGCCGGGCUGGAAGAGUUAUUCGGGGAAGUGUCCCGGCUCUCGGCAAAACUGGACAAGCUCCAGGACCUCUCGGAGGAUAUCCACAGUAAGCAGGAGAAGGUCCUGUGCAGCACCUCCAGCGAAGAGGUCUUUAAGGAGAAGCAGAUUCUGGCUCGGGUAAAGGAGGAGUUCUCCCAGCUGGCUACGGGUGUCCAGGAGAGCCUGGCCAACAUGAGGGAGCAGGAGGCGGCCGCGGCCGCUGGCCCGGGGGGUUGCGGCAUGGAGGGCCGCAUGCUGAACUGCCAGUACAACGCCCUGCUACGCCGCCACACGCAGGUCGUAGGACUCCACUACGCCUGGGAGACGGAGUAUGCGGUGCGUCUACGGGAGCAGAUCGCUCGGCAGAUGCAGUUGGCCGGCCUGCAGCUAGGCGAGGGGGAGAUCGAGAGGCUGGUGGAGAGCCCCUGUGCGCCUCGGUUGGUGGGAUCUGACAUUCAGGCUAUAGAGGCCCGUCGGCACCUGGCCCUCGCCCAGGAGCGACACCAGCAGCUUCUGGCUCUAGAGGAGCAGAUGGGUGAGCUCCAUAGCCUUUUCCUCAGCCUGGGGGUCCUGGUGUCUGAGCAGCAGGCCCAGGUGGACCGCAUCGAGUACAACGUCCUGCUUGCUGUGGACUAUGUGGACGCGUCCUCUCAGGAGGUGAAGAAGGCUCUGCAGUACAAGCGGCGGUCCCGGCUAGCUGCAGCCGUCGCUGCCGUCCUGGGGCUGUGCGCCUGUACCGGGUGUGCCUGCUGCAUGGCCCGAGGUUUGCCGUGA